GAGAGGAGCGGGGCAGCCUGGGGCGGACUCAGUGCGAUCACAGGGCACAUUCUUCUCACCUACUGAACUUUUUCCACAGGAGGCUGCGGCCGUACGUGUGAAGGCUCGCGUUUAAUUACACAAAGCCUUUGUACAGGAUGGUGACAGGAGACGCACACGCCACUGUCUUCGCUGGAGGCAUCGCGGUCCAACUGAGCUACUGAAGUUUAUCGGCACCUGGGACGGACUUCACUUCCUCAACGGGACUUGAUGCGGUCGGAUCGCGGCGUUAGUUGUCGGGUUUCCAUGUCAUGAAUGGGAAGUCGCGUGACGGACGUCGGGAAGUAGCUGAAUCCCCUUAACUAUUUUCGUCUUUUUUCUGCGCACAGGAGCCGUGUGUGUGUGUGUGCGUGUGUCUGCGAACGCUGGCUCUAAUGGUAGCAGCUAGACCAUCUCAUCUGUGAGAGGACCAAACCGCCUCACCAUGACAGAGAUUCAGACUCCUUGGCCGCAGGGCACAGAGUGUGUGGCCAGGUACAACUUUAAAGGCACCUCCGAACACGACCUGCCCUUCAACAAAGGCGACGUGUUGACUAUCAUUGUCGUCACAAAGGAUCCAAACUGGUACAAAGCUAAAAAUAACGCAGGUCGUGAGGGGACCAUUCCUGCCAACUAUGUUCAGAAAAGGGAGGGAGUGAAGUCUGGAGGCAAGCUGAGCCUCAUGCCAUGGUUCCAUGGGAAGAUAACGCGGGACCAAGCUGAGAAGCUGCUCAACCCUCCUGAAACAGGCCUGUUUUUGGUGCGAGAGAGCACCAACUUUCCCGGCGACUACACUCUGUGCGUGAGCUGUGAUGGGAAGGUGGAGCACUACCGCAUCAUCUACCACAACGGCAAGCUCACAAUCGAUGAGGAAGAGUAUUUUGAGAACCUCAUGCAGCUAGUCGAGCACUACACCAAAGAUGCAGAUGGACUGUGCACUAGACUAAUCAAGCCAAAGCUGGAGGAAGGCACCGUGGCAGCUCAGGAUGAGUUUUCCAGGAGUGGCUGGUCUUUGAGCAGAAAGGACCUCAAACUGCAACAGGUCAUUGGAAAAGGAGAGUUUGGAGAUGUCAUGGUAGGAGACUACAGAGGGACCAAAGUAGCUGUGAAGUGCAUCAAGAACGAUGCUACGGCACAGGCUUUUAUUGCAGAGGCUUCUGUUAUGACGCAACUACGGCACGAUAACCUGGUGCAGCUGCUCGGAGUUAUAGUGGAGGAGAAUGGGAGUUUGUUUAUAGUCACUGAGUACAUGGCAAAGGGCUGUUUGGUUGACUACUUACGUUCCAGAGGCCGGACGGUACUUUGUGGUGACGCGCUCCUUAAUUUUUCACUAGAUGUCUGUGAAGCCAUGGAGUACCUGGAAGCCAACAACUUUGUCCACCGAGACUUAGCAGCCAGAAACGUUUUGGUGUCAGAAGACAACAUUGCUAAAGUCAGUGACUUUGGGCUGACAAAGGAGGCCUCUUCCACUCAGGAUACUGCUAAGCUACCUGUAAAAUGGACAUCACCUGAAGCCCUCAGAGAAAAGAAAUUUUCAACCAAAUCGGAUGUUUGGAGCUACGGUAUUUUACUGUGGGAGAUCUAUUCUUUCGGCAGAGUGCCUUAUCCAAGAAUUCCAUUAAAAGAAGUAGUACCUCGAGUGGAGAAAGGAUACAAAAUGGACUGUCCAGAUGGCUGCCCUGAAGUGGUUUAUAACAUCAUGAAACAGUGCUGGAACCUGGAUCCUGCUGCCCGACCAAGCUUUCAAAUGCUAAAGGAGUGGUUACAACAUAUCAGCCAAGGGAGGGGGAGAAGAAAAGAGUAACCUGACAGAAUAUUGCCUUUUGCUUUUAAAAUGUCUGUUUUGAAAAGACUGUUUUAUUUUCUAGAGUUCACAACAAAUUUUGUGAAACAAACUUUUUUGAAUAAUAGUCAAUAAGUUUAAUAAGUUAAUGUGUAAUGUGUCAGGCUGUUGAAGUGGCAAUGACUCUUAAUUAACGGCUCAGCUGCUGUGGUAAGUUUUCUUGCACUCUGUUAUCAAGAGUGAAUAAUUAACUGUCAUAUCUCUUCGUAGAGCACAGUCCUGCCUCACAACCACAGUGCCUUGACCUGUUUUUAAUUUUAUUAUCUUUAAUGUGCUUUACAUUGAUAGCCUGGCGGCAUCAUUAAAUUUUUUAUGGACUUGUAGACAGUAACAUAUUUGGACUGAGAUGUCUAAUCCAUGGUUUCCGUUUUAGGAGGAGCUGUAUUUUUUAUAUUUUGGUUUUUACGAUUGUCAGGUACAGUGUUUUUUUUUGCAAGAAUUGAAUGGGAUAAAGCUAAAAUGACUGCAAUUCUGCAGUUCCACAGUUUUAUAUAGUAUAUAAUUUAGUAUAUAAAUUCAUAUACAACAACUUGGACCCCUCUGUAAAUCAAAAAUGGAAGCACAAUUUUGACUUUACUACUGAUAUAGUAACAAUGACUUUUAUCAUAUAAUGAGUAUUCCCAUGUACAGGAUUUCUACCGUAUAUGAAAGGUUUAUUUUGCAAAUUCAUUGACAAUCUGGAUAUUGUACAAUAUGUAAUGAGAAUAAUAAUAAUAAAUAUACUGUGCUGCCAUUUUUUU